AUGAUAGCACAGGGAGUGGUGUCGGCGCCGGUCUUCUCCUUCUACCUAAACCGAGACAUCGGCGGACAGACGGGCGGAGAACUGGUAUUUGGCGGCUCAGAUCGCGACCACUAUACCGGCAACUUUACGUACGUCCCGGUGACCCGACGGGGCUACUGGCAGUUCACUAUGGAUGGGUUGAGUGUAGGCACCGCUGCCCAAAGUGGCGGCCAGUAUUGCGUGAAUAGCUGUCAGGCCAUCGCAGACACCGGCACUUCGCUGAUCGUCGGUCCGUCCGAUGAAAUCGCGGCCAUUAAUCAGGCCAUCGGUGCCGUCGAUGAGGGAAACGGCGAGUAUUUGGUUGACUGCAGAACUCUGGACUCAUUGCCUGACAUUACGCUUACGAUCGGCGGUCAGGCGUUUCCGUUGAGCCCCUCAUCCUAUUUGUUACGACAGUCCGCACCCGACGGACGGACGCAGUGUUUGUCCGCUUUCACUGCCGGCGGUUCAGACCCGCUAUGGAUUUUGGGCGAUGUAUUUAUCGGCAGAUAUUAUACUGAAUUUGAUUUCGGUAAUAAUAGGCUGGGAUUUGCGCCAACCAAAUAA